UAAAAACACCUACUACUUUUCUCAAGAGCAACUCUCUUAUGCAAACCAUUAUUGACAACUUGAUUGCACAUAAUGGAGAAACGAUGGGUUUCUUUACUAUUUUUACUGAGUGGACUAUGCUUGGAAGAAGGAGUCCAUGCAAUGCAGUGGUUUGUUUCAAGACGUGAUGGGAACUUUGCUAACAAUUGCGGGCUCAAAGCGUCAUUGCCCUGUAAAACAAUUCAACAAGUGAUUGCGCAUGCAUCUGAUGGUGAUGUUAUCAAUAUAGACGGCACAAGAACGUCCCGUGACCCUAAUCCGUGCGAGAAUUGGACAGAAUUGAAUCUAGCCGCUCCGGCAAUACGCAGUUACAACACUCGAGCAUUUCUUUCUUGCAAAACUGAGGGCCUGCGAGUUUUGUGUAAUUCGAGAAAGAGAGCCUUUGGUGGAGUCUCUGUGGACCAAAUAACCUUCGUCAACACUUCACUUCAUCUCUCUGACUGCUCCUUAAAGCUCAACGACUGCAGCUUUAUAAACAGUUCCGUUGCCGCGCUUACGUCAAGAUACGCCACUGAAUCUGUGAAAAAAAUGUUCAACUCGAUGGAUGCACCUUUCAGAACAACAGUGCUAGUAGUGUUACAAUUUAUGGCAAUUCUAUGGUCAACUUGA